CAGCAGCAGCAGCAGCAGCAGCAACAACAGCAACAGCAACCGCAGCCUCAACAGCAGCAGCAGCAGCAGCAGCAACAUAGUCCAGUUCAUCCUCCGCCGCAGUUCAUCCCAGAUCAGAAGCCGGUAAAGCCAGAAAAGUCCAAGGUCAAGCUCUUCUCGCGCCCGGUCAAGAUCGGCACCAAGGCCGAUCCCAAAGAUAAACCACUUCCGAGCCCCAGCAAGAUCGGCAGCGCGCUCGCUUCGUUACAGCGGGGAAAUUUUAGCACGAGUAGUCUGGUUGAUACCAGCAGCCAGUCCAUAUACAACCUCAACAAUUCGUCUUCGGCCACCAUUCGCGCAGUUCCCGAAACACCCACCAUGGAAAAGGAGGGGAAGGAAAAGGAAAAGAAGCAUCAUUUUUUAUCACGGCAGAAGCACAAACUCAAGGAUGACUACCAUCUUCCGCUGUCUUCCGCAUCGAGCAACUCGAAACCUACAGACCCCAGCGCCCCCUCGAGUUUGUACAGUUUCAACUUACCCCCUAGCCCUGCCCCAACUGCAACGUCGUUUGGCAAGGCUCGGCGGGACAAAAAGACUGAAAAGGAGACCAGCAACCUCAACGUCGAAUCGAGUUCGCUUCCCGCAGAGUGGCCAGGGCCAAGCAGCCUACCAACUUUGACGCAUCAGUCGUCGUAUCUCUCCGAACCAAUUGACGCAGGCAAGUACGGUCUCAACAGCAUGGCUCUCGACGAUGCUUGGCCGUAUUUGAAGGCGAAAAUGCUCGUCAUCUUUGAGGGCGAGGACUUGCGACAGCCAGUGGAGGAUUUUAACAAAUUGGUCACGCUGCACAUACAAUACUGCAUUCAGCGCAGGUCACCCAACAUCAUCCUCGAGGACUUGCGCGAGCUCCUUGCGACCGGCUUUGCGUCUUUAGAUAUGACUCUCAGACGUACGCAAGAGGACAAGGUCAUCCCGGCUCUCGUCGAGAUGUGGCUCAUUACCUACACCUCCAUUCUGCCCUAUAUGCAGGCCGUCUUCCUACCUCUGGACCUUGAGUUCUCUGGCUGCGGUGUGCUCAUGAACCACGACCAAGCUCGUGACUUCUGGGGCGGCAUCAAGGCACCGUCUUCAGACAGCGCGUCGUAUGUCAGCCCCGCGUGCGCCGUCCUCGAUGUCCGCCGCAUUGUCCUCACAGCGUAUCGCGACAUUGUUAUCCUUCCCCGCUACGACUCACUCAAGGCUAUUUUCUCCCGACUAUCCCUCGAGUUCCUUCCGUCCUCGUUCGCCUCCCUGGCCCUCGCCUCACCACUGCCGGACCCGGCGCUCUCCUCUAGCCCGGCAGACACUAUGUCUAUGAUGCGCCCCGGAACGGCCAUGAGCCUGGACCCAUCCGUUGCGAGCUACAAUUCUAACGCGACGACGCUCCUGGGCGACGGCAGCUCAGGGGGUGGCGGUGGAGGGCGCAGCCGCGGACUCAGCAAUGUCAGCUACGCCAGCGCCGGUAGCGACGGGCAACUGCGGCCGUUCACGCGCGAGCAGAACGUCGAGGACUCUAAGCAGGUCACUGAGAUGGUCGGGCGUAUGCUACAGUGUAUGAGCAUUCUUGCUAGCAUCGGCGGCACUUCCGGCGACGGCAGCGACGAAGGCAACAAGCGGAUGGAGGAGCUAUGCCGGCUGCUAAAGCUCAAUUGGCUCGGCAGGGGCCGGACAGGGAGGAACCGGAGGGGUAUUGUUGGCGGCAGACGGCGGGAGAUUCCCGAAUCCAUCAGAGAAGGGCUGCGCGUUGUUUGAGGGGGAUGAUGGCCACUUUCCAAGUGGGGUGGGCUCCCCCCCAAAUGUUUUUUUCGGCGUUCGCAUAUGGCCUAUUGCAACAUAAACGCGGUGUAUGGUUACGGCCUCCGUGACGGCGUUUUAUUUUAUUUUAUGGGCGGCGGCAGGCAGGGGGAGGGCAUCUAUCACAAACACCAACGAUCAUAGCAAAGUGGUGUUUUAUAUGGCUCGUUUGGCAAGGCAAAAGUCAGAGGGGGAGAGAGGAUGGUAUCGGUUCCUGGAAGCCCCCCUGAUUCUAUGGGCGUGUACUGCAUGGUUUUUACAUGGUUGGAGCAUUGCAAAUUGAAACUGAUCAAGUACAUGACGUAAAUGUCUCAUCCAGCAUCUGACGUCGUUCCUAGGGCCUGAGACUGGCCUUCAAUCCCGGCGGCCUCGUGGUGGUCGAGACUUGAUGGAAGCAAUGUGAAGCCUG